UUUUCUCUACUAAACUCAUAUUUUCAUCUGUUGUAUGUUCGGUUGCGAUGGAAACCCCUGAGCCCGGACAGGCAGAUGGAGAGGAGCGUAUGAUGGACCUGAGACCCAGGACCCGGUCCAAUCCGGAGGGUGCGGAGGACCGACGCAGCAGCACUGGAAGUCUGAACAACAGCAGCCUGGCCUCCCCCCCGCAGCCUGCCGUGGGCAGCCGUGUAGAGGGAGAGGGAGAGGCGGCCAGCUCUGAUAGCCCACCGAUAUCUGCCACCACCAUCCCAGCCGCUGCCGCUGCCACUGCCACUGCCCCUGCCCCUGUAGCGGCAGCAGGAAUCAGCACAGUCAGCAUGCCUACGCUGGCUUCUGCAGUGAAGGAAAGACCUAAACCCCCUCAGCCAUCCAUGGCCCCCCAGAUCCCCCCAUCAGCAGAGUUACACCUGCGGGCACCACGGGUCAACUGCCCCGAGAAAGUCAUCAUCUGUUUGGACCUUUCAGAGGAGAUGUCUCUACAAAAACUGGAGUCCUUCAAUGGAUCUAAGACAAACGCCUUAAAUAUUUCUCAGAAAAUGAUUGAGAUGUUUGUGAGAACCAAGCACAAGAUUGACAAAAGGCAUGAGUUUGCUCUGGUGGUGGUGAACGAUGAUGCCAUGUGGUUAUCAGGCUUCACCUCUGACCCGCGAGAGCUGUGCAGCUGUCUGUACGACCUGGACACCAACGUCUGCGAGUCCUUCAAUCUGGAAGAUUUCCUCAAUGUCAUUUUGCAGAAAAUCGAACUUCCUCAGAUGGAGAACAUCCAGACCAUCCCGCCUCCUUUUGUAGUUCGGACCCUCCUCAUCUUCAGCCGGCCUUCUGGCAUGCUUCAGUUCAAUCCUCCUGAUGCUGUCAAAAAAAUGCUGCAGUCUCCAUAUUUCUUCUUUGAUGUUGUGUAUCUUCAUAAUGGAACUGAAGAACCGACUGAGGACGCGAGCUGGAAGGACGUGUACACCACCUUCAGUGAGUUGGACUCUAAGGGCAUGUGCUAUCAGUUUGAGGUGUCACUGUGUGGUCCCGCUAUUGAGCUGCACAACUGUAUGGCCAAACUGCUGUGCCACCCGCUGCAGAGACCCUUCCAGAGCCACGCGUCCUACAGUCUGCUGGAGGAGGACGACACGCAGGAGAAUGAAGCCACAGUGUGAGCUUUUACUCAAUAUACCCCUGCAAAUCUAGAGACUGACGAACUCCAAAAUGAAGGAGUGACUGUGAAUAACUGCAUAUAUAUGGCCCUGUCCACUAUUUCUGUUCUGGGAAUGUCUCUUUUAUUACUUUUGAAAACAUCAGUGACUUAAUUUAAUAAAGCAGCCGUAACCACACAAGCUCAAGAGCCUAUUGUGAAACAGUCAAGGCUAACCAGCUUAUUUUGAGAAUAUCAACUGUAAAUGUUCUGGUUUCUGAAGUGAAAUUUAUUUAACAUCCAUUUGUUCUGUGGUGGAGAUUCCCGGAUGAGUUCAUGUGGUGGGUUAUAAGGGUUUGGUG